AUGGUGCUCAAUCAGGCUACAGACUCCCGAGGGAAAAAGGGGAAGGAUUAUCCCAACACGUCCGCAGACAGCCCACUAAAAGAUGUUGCUCAAAAUGAUAAAGGCAAAUCCUGCCAUGGGGACAGUGGGGAAACCAAGUUGAAAAAAAAAACAGAAGCGAAAAAAAACAAAACCAAUGUAUCAAUGAAAUAUCGCGAACAGACAUUAAUGAAAAUAAGGGGAGAACACGACCCAAAUAAUGCUGUUAAUCCAGAUGGUGAAGGGCACAAAAGUGGCAAAGGGAACACCGUCGACCAAGCAGAUUCGAGUGUUAAAGACAAAACACAAGAAAGGAAUAAUCCCCAAUUCAUACAAAUAAAAAGUGAUGAUAAAUAUCUUAUCCAUCUUCUCCAGAAACAAAAUGUACAAAUUCAGUCGGAAAAAUGUGAAGACAUAUCAGUGAAGAAGGGAAAAAAUGCCACCCCCUCCUCCAGUAGCCAAUCCAUGGAAGACAACUCAAGUGACGACUUUCAGUGCGCAGAUAUUAUAGAACAGUUUAAAAAAAAAAAGAAGCGGGAGUUAUAUGCCAGCAAGAAAAAGCGAAUAACGGAUAGAAAAAACAUGUUAAUAAGGAAGGCAGUCUACAAGGACGCAGAAACGCAAGUCUUUAUUGACGACUUUACCAAAUAUUACGAAAAAGUGAAGCCCCAGAUUGAGAAGCUGGUUGAAGAUGUCCUAAAUCAAGCGUUAAAAGAGAUUUAUGAAGACCAAGAGUUAAAUAAAAUAAUAAACAAAAUAAACCACUACGAACCAAUCAGACAAGAGAAAUAUCAAUCCCUUAAAAACUACGAACAUAAUAGUAACCAGUUUUACACACAAACGCAAAAUAAAAUAAAAAACAGAAUCCUACUCAAAAAGAAAGUCGAAAUUAUAAUGAAAAGAAAAAUUGCCCAUAGUAAAGCCCAGAAGAACAUGUACUUUAUACUUCAGAAAAACUUGGACCUGUAUUCCUUGAUGGAUUAUUUCCCAAGCGGCUUGGAGAAAAACAUGAAUCUAAUCGUGCUCCCAUGGCUAGCGGACUUAAUUCUGUACUUGAUAAGGGUGAAAAAGGAAAUAGUCCACUAUGUCAUCAAGGAUAUGAUGGAAAAGAGCUUUGUCUCCAGAACGGAGAUACUUGAGGCCUAUAAAAGGUUAAAAAAAUGGGGCUUACACAAAACCUACAUCCUUAUUAAACAGAAAAUUUAA